CUAGCUACACUGCAAUUUACUUCGAACUGACAUCGCCGCAGACGGUGCUAAAGAUGAAGGCAAUGUUUCACAUUGUUUUGUUAUUGCUCGCCGUUAGUUCGGCAGUCGAGAGCUGUUCGCCGACGGACAGGGCGGCACUUCUGGACUUCAAAGCAGCACUUCACGAGCCGUACCUUGGCAUCUUCAACUCGUGGACGGGGGAUGACUGCUGCCACGACUGGUACGGUGUCACCUGCGACCCCCAGACUUACCGCGUCGCCGACAUCGACCUACGUGGUGAGUCCGAGGACCCUUUCUUCGAGCGCGCCAAGCGGACAGGCUACAUGACCGGGACUAUCUCGCCCGAAAUCUGUAAGUUGACUCGCCUCUCUAGCCUCACAAUGGCUGACUGGAAAGGCAUCACCAGUGAGAUUCCGCCAUGCAUCACGAGGCUGCCGUUUCUUCGUAUUUUGGAUUUGAUCGGAAACAAAAUCUCCGGCCGGAUCCCCGCCGGAAUGGGAAGGUUGCGCCGCCUCACAGUUUUGAGUCUCGCUGAUAAUCAGAUCACGGAAAGAAUUCCUCCGUCGUUAACGAAUCUAUCGAGUCUGAUGCAUCUCGAUUUGAGAAACAACAAAAUUUAUGGUCCUCUCCCCCGAGAUUUCGGCCGCCUCAGGAUGCUGAGUCGGGCUCUGUUGAGCGGAAACCGGAUCAGUGGGACCAUACCGAGCUCGAUAUCUGAAAUUUAUCGUCUCGCCGAUCUAGACCUCUCCACGAACCGAUUAUCGGGAACGAUACCGCCUUCCCUCGGUAAAAUGGCGGUUCUCGCGACUCUAAAUCUCGACUGCAACAAAAUCACAGGUCCGAUUCCGGCGAGUCUUAUGAAUUCCGGGGUAAGUAACUUGAAUUUGAGCCGAAACGGACUGGACGGAAAGAUACCGGAUGUUUUCGGACCGAGAUCUUAUUUUACCGCCUUAGAUUUGUCCCACAAUAAGUUAAGAGGGCCGAUACCGAGAUCGAUAUCGUCGGCGUCGUUUAUCGGACACUUGGACUUGAGUUACAACCAUCUCUGCGGCCGGAUUCCGUCGGGGUCGCCGUUCGAUCACCUGGAAGCGUCGCAGUUUACUAAUAACGAUUGCUUGUGCGGGAAGCCGCUUCACAAAGCCUGUAAUUAGGUGAUGCAUGUUAAAAACAGAAAUUUACGUACUGCGAAUGCUACUAUUUUCUUUUUUUUUUGUUGUUAAUUUAACCUUUUUAUAUUUAUGUCAAUGUUAUUAUUGGCCCAAAAAUUAUUUUUUUUUGGUAUGUUGUUUAUUUAUUUCCUACUUCCACAAUCCACAAUACAUUGUCUCAAAUAAAUUUUUUAACUUUCA